AUGGAAGCCCUGCAGAGACAGCAGGCAGCCAGGCUGGCCCAGGGGGUGGGGCCACUGGCCCCUCCACACCCACCACCACCAGCAGCACCCCCAGGGCCUUCCUUUCCUGGACCCCGGACCCUGGAGGCCCCUGAGAGGGGGUUGGGGGAGGUUGGAGCUGAGGAAGAAGAGGAUGGCCAAGAUGAGGAGGAAGAAGAAGCUGGGGCAGAAGAUGAGGCAGCUGAGGACAGCCGGCCAGGGACCUGGGGCAGCAGUUCACCUUCCAGCCAGCCCCCUGGACCUCAUCCCCACGAGUGGACCUACGAGGAGCAAUUCAAGCAGCUGUACGAGCUCGAUGCAGACCCCAAGAGGAAAGAGUUUCUGGACGACCUGUUUAGCUUCAUGCAGAAGAGGGGGACACCCGUGAACCGUGUGCCCAUCAUGGCGAAGCAGGUGCUGGACCUGUACGCGCUGUUCCGCCUGGUGACGGCCAAGGGCGGUCUGGUGGAAGUCAUCAAUCGCAAGGUGUGGCGGGAGGUCACGCGCGGCCUCAGCCUGCCCACCACCAUCACGUCGGCCGCCUUCACCCUACGCACCCAGUACAUGAAGUAUCUGUACCCGUACGAAUGCGAGACGCGGGCGCUCAGCUCCCCUGGGGAGCUCCAGGCUGCCAUCGACAGCAACCGACGCGAGGGCCGUCGUCAGUCUUACACCGCAGCCCCGCUCUUCGGCCUGGCUGGGCAGCCACCUCGGGGCACUUCUGGCCCCGCCCCUGAGCCCGGGCCCGCCCCGCCCACGCCCGGCCUACGCUCUGCUCAUGGCCCCGCCUCCGGCCUGCCGGCCCACGCCUGCGCGCAGCUAAGCCCGAGCCCCAUUAAGAAAGAGGAGAGCAGAAUUCCCACCCCUCGACUGGCACUGCCUGUGGGCCUGGCCUUUGGACCUGCACGUGAGAAGGUGGCACCAGAGGAACCCCCAGAGAAGAGGGCUGUGCUGAUGGGGCCCAUGGACCUACCUCGACACGGCGCACCCCCCAGUUUCCUGCCCCGUGGCAAGGUUCCGCUUAGGGAAGAGCAGCUGGAUGGGCCUCUCAGUCUGGCAGGCACUGGUAUCAGCAGUAUCAACAUGGCCCUAGAGAUCAACGGGGUGGUCUACACUGGUGUCCUCUUUGCCCGUCGCCAGCCUGUACCAGCUUCCCAGGGCCCAACCAACCCUGCACCCCCACUCCCGACAGGGCCCCCUUCCAGCACCUCACCCUGAGAACUCUUACUUGAAAUUGAGAGUCCCAACCCCAUUGCUGACGGGGGGAAGGAGACCCAUUCUUCCAGGGUGCCCAUUCUAGGACCCAGCCCUGGGAGGUGACCACUACCC